AUGCAGCUAAAGCCAGCUAUUCUCACAACAUUGUUCUCACAAAACCGUCAGUCUUCGUUGAUACUUUUUUCGUCUUGCCUCGAGAGCUUCGAACGAACGCUGCAAACUUCAGACUUCACCAUGUCCUCCAACUCCUGUCGACUUGCCCAUCAUCGUCAACGCGAGAGCGCACCAGCACAACGCGCUACCACGCAUGGUCACUCCAAGGAAGAACCGAGCCUCAAGGAUCUUUGGUCGGCUGCCACGAAGAGAUCCUCGAGGACGAGACAGCCGCAUGGUCCCUCCUUGGUGGCACGAUCAAGCUCAAGUUCGUCCAUGGAAAGACUGCAGCUACGACCAAACCAGCAGAGACAAACCCGGUCUGUGGUCGACAUUAUCGAUAACGCUCUUGAGGUGCUCGAUGAACAGCGCUAA